GUCAAGGCGUGUAAUCAGCUGGCGGAAUUGCGCGAGAAAAUCAAACAAAUUCCAACGCUUUAUCAUUUCCCCGCACCGAUAAGAGCAGCGUUAUAAUUUCCCAAUUGCGACACGUAGGAACAAGUACGCCCCUUCCCGCAAACCUGGUAAAUGUAACAAACGUGCCACCGCCAGCCUGACCAUGACGUUCGACAGCGAAAGGAAGCGUCUCGAAAUGUGUUGUGGAGUUUACGGAUCGAAUAAUAACGGAACGGCGGCUAAGCUUGGAGAACGGAGGCGACGGCAAAGCUCUACCUCGUCGGAUUAUUCGGUUGCGGGCGGUUCACGGCGCAGGAAACGGGCGGACAGUAAUAACGAACCGCAAUCACCACCGCCAUCACCGCAGCCUGCAGUACAAUCUUCGCUCUGGUGGAACGAUCGACAGACGAAAAAAUGCAACGUGUUUAUUAUCUUUGCCAGCGGAGCGCUGUUUUCGAUGGUGGCCUUUGCCCUGCUCAACCUAAUCCCCACACCACAGCAUCCGCCAACGAAUCGGGCCGCGAAUGGACGGGCGUUGUUUGCUUCGAAUCCGCGCCAUCUUCCCGCUGGUUCGAUGCUGCGGUUGGCCGAUGAAACAAGAGUCAUGGAACCGUAUCUGCCCGUGCGGAAGCAAUCGCUACCCGUUCCGGACCAGGAACGUACCGCAGUGCCAAGCAGUGACAGCGUAACGAACGAACAGGAAGCGCUCGGAUCGCUGAAGAUGGCUCUCGAGAUGAAGCUCUCGGGAAAGGAUGAUAAGGCACUUCGGUUGUUUCAGCAUGCACUAGCACUAUCACCGAGGCAUCCGGAAAUACUGACCAAAUACGGCGAGUUCCUGGAGCACAACCAGCAGGAUGUGGUGUCCGCAGAUCAGUACUACACGCAGGCGCUCACCGUGAACCCAUACUACUCGGAGGCGCUGGCCAACCGGGAGCGUACCGCACAGAUUGUGGAGCAGAUGGAUGCGAAACGGUUUGAGCAGCUAGACCGGAAACGCGAUGCCCUGAGUGCGGUGCAUCUGUCCAACAUGGCACUAAAGCGAGCGGAAAAGGAAGCUUACAUUCAGCACAUCUACCACUCGGUCGGAAUCGAGGGUAACACGAUGAGCUUGGCACAGACACGAUCGGUGCUCGAGACACGGAUGGCGGUCGAUGGAAAGAGCAUCGAUGAGCACAACGAAAUCCUGGGUCUGGAUGCGGCCCUCAAGUACAUCAACGCGACGCUGGUGAACAAGAACGACUACAUCACUUUGAAGGACAUUCUCGAGAUUCAUCGGCGUGUGCUGGGGCACGUCGAUCCGAUCGAGGGUGGCGAGUUCCGGAGGACGCAGGUGUACGUCGGUGGGCACAUUCCACCCGGACCGGGCGAUUUAGCCAUUCUGAUGGGACGAUUCGAGAAUUGGCUCAAUUCGGAGCAGGUGUUCCUGAUGCAUCCGGUCAAGUAUGCGGCCAUGGCACACUACAAACUCGUUCACAUUCAUCCGUUCAGUGAUGGGAACGGUCGUACUUCACGCUUGCUGAUGAAUACGCUACUGAUGCGUGCCGGAUAUCCGCCGGUCAUUAUACAGAAGCAACACCGGCACAAAUAUUAUGAUUUUCUGCAGCUGGCCAACGAAGGAGAUAUCAGGCCGUUUGUUCGGUUCAUCGCUGACUGUACCGAGCGAACACUCGAUCUGUACCUGUGGGCCACAAGCGAGCUGUCGCAUCCAGUUCCGCUGCUCGCACAGGACAGCAUGGAUGAGGGUAUGCCGUUGAUAAACAGUUUCGACGGAAGUGAAGGUGGCAGCGGUGCCGGAGACACGAUACGGAUAGGCGUGAUUUGAUAUUGGCUUCCGAUGGCAGCAGGAGCACUAGUGGCUUUAUCGGUACCGGUUCGGUUUUAGCACCUCAUCGCUUCCAUUAGCUCUGUAAAUAGCACGGGAUCCGUAUUUUUAUGUACUCUCUGUAUGAGAUAUUUGUUCAGUUUAGUUUUUGUAAUUUUAAUCGUAAAAUCGUAUUGCUUUUAUCCUGAAGAGGGCCACUCACCGCUUAUGGCAUAGCCCAAGCAAGCACAACAACGUCGCGCACUACGGGAUGGACCUGCACCGGGGAACCGGAUUUCAAAUCGCUUCCAAUCAAUCGAAACGCACAGCGCAAUCGAAGACUACUCUGUGGUGCAAGGGAUGAUCCAAGUAAGCCAAAAGAAGUGUUGUGGAGCGUAACCGUCGCCGGGUCGAUAUCAACCAAAAACGCUAUCAAACUGUAGUCAUUCGAAACUAAAUGGGUCCUAUUUUCGUACAGCUGUGAUGUUUUAGUAACUAACUUGUUGAUAUUUAAAAGGGAAUAAAAUAGCGAAUUUUUAAAACAAAUU